AUGGUUGCCCCUUCCUUGCCCGACAUCGUGGUAUACGACACGCCUGGCCAAGACAUCCCAAUCUGGUCGCACCACACGCUGCGCGUGCUUUACGCCCUCCACCGAAAAGGGCUACCAUACGCCAUCGUGCCGCUGGAGUACCCGGACAUCGAAGCCACAUUUGAGCCCACCAGCCUCCUACCCAAGGACGACCCUGUGGAGCGGUACGAGAUCCCUGUUGUUCUUUUUCGUUCGCGUGGCGGCCCAAACAGCGACCCAGACGAGUAUCUUAUGGAGCCAGCGCGCAUUAUUGCCAAGCUCGAUACUCUUGUCCCCAACCCACCGCUGCCCUUUGCCUCGCCACGUGCCACGGAGGCGCGCACCAUAUUCGGCCCGGCACUGGCUCCGAUCUUGCAAAUCGCCGUCGGUUAUGUCCCCAGUGUGCUGUCGGCCCGCAGCCGAGAGGGCUUUUUAGCCAAGAGACAGGCGCGCUGGGGCAAGCCACUCGAUGUUUGGGUGGCUGAGCGCCCCCAAAAUAAGCUCUUGGAGACUGCGGCUCCGCGCCUACAGGCAUUUGCGGACUGGCUGGAAGGAAAUGGGCUCCAAGGGCCGUUUAUCGAGGGCGCCCAAUCUGGCUAUGCUGACAUGACAAUUGUUAGCAUUCUCGAAUAUGCACGUCUGGUUGGAGCUACAGAUGCGUUUGAUGCAGCAAUGGCCCACCCACGCAUUGCUCGGCUGUACGCUACGCUCGUGGAGAAGGACCAAAUGGCUGCCCGACCGCCACAGGUAGCGACAAUUUGUUAG